AUGAGCGAAGCAGAUGCACCAAAUGGUGGUUCUGACCAGUUUUCGCAGGAUAACGAAGAUCGUCACCGAGAUAUUAACGAGAGACACCGCGAUGAAAGGGACGUCCGGCAUCACGACACUCGUCGACAUGAAGACCGUGAUGAAAGGAUUAAUACCCCAAGUCGCUCUCGUUCUAGAUCUCCUCUGAAUAGGUCUCGUUCACCCAGGGAUAGAAGUGUUGGAGAUAGGAACAAUAGUGAGGAAGAAGAAGACUUAAAUCCUGGAAACAAUUUGUUUGUUACAGGAUUAUCCUCCAGAACUGGUGAUCAUGCGGAUAUUGCUAGGGAAAAUAUUAAUGGCACAGAAAUUAAUGGACGUGUCUUGACUGUAGAAAGGGCACGUCGUGCUCGAGCCAGGACUCCGACUCCCGGUCGAUACUAUGGGCCACCUAAACGCCGAGAACCCCGUCGAGUCGAUAGAUUUGAUCCUAGAUAUGAAUAUAGCAGUCGACCUUAUGAUCGUUACGAAAGACCACCAAGAGGAGGUGGUUAUGGUCGUGAGCCUUAUUAUGAUCGCGCAUAUGAUCGAUCUUAUUACGAUAGAGGAUAUGAAAGGAGUUAUGACCGCGCCUAUGAUAGAGCUUACGAUCGAGGAUAUGAUCGAGAUCGCCGACCGCCACCACCAACUCGUUACGAAACCUAUCCUCGGCCUCGUUCACCAUACAAUUAA